AUGCUGCGACACUUGCAGCUGGCUGCCUUUGCGCCGCAGCGAGGGCCUCGCUUCAGAGGAAAGCGAUUGCAGGUUUCCAUAGCGGCUGUGGUGCAGAAGACUGACAAUGUGCUGCCCUGCUACGUCGUCGUGCAGAACCAGAUUCGCCCGGCCAUAGAACAGCAGACGGACCCUUGCGAAAAGACCUCCGGCUUCAAACACGCGCUGAAGUGGAGGUGGAAGGACAAAGAGUAUGCUUGCGAGGGCAGGCAUCGAAGCAAGCGAGGUGCCAAAAACGAGGCAGCAAGGCAAGUUCUCAGAUACCUCAUCGAUGAGGAGGCCUCAGUCUUAGAUCCCCGCCAGAACGGUGCCAUUGCGCAGUGGGCCAUUGGAUCCAUCAGUGAAGAUCUAGAUGCCACUUUAGAAGUCAAGGAUGAUGAAAGCGGCAGCUCACUCCAGCAAAGCCACACCUGCACAUGGAGCUGUCCGCAGAUUGAGGGCGAAUUUGUUGCCACUGGUUCUGCACGAGCAGCCACGGAAUCCCGACGAAAUGCUUUCGCGGCCCUUUACCAGAACCUCCCUCCAAACUUAGAGGAGAUAUACCUGCAGGUGAAAUCAGAGAGCGCAGCAAACGUGGACGAGGCUCCACAGGUUCGAUCGAACAACAGAGCUCGGUAUGGAGAAAUCAAUGCCAUGCACAACACAGUCAUUCAGAAGCUCAAUACCAAGGCUUCCUGGGAUUUUCAUCAGACAUCCGGUGGCUUCGAGUGCACUCUGACGUGGAGCUUCUACGAUCAGAGCCUCGCAGACAUGCAAACCAUCACGGUGAGCACCGUGGAGCGAUCGAAGAUUGCUGCAAAGGCAACUGCCAACCAGAAGAUGCUCAUUCUUCAAGGUCACUUGGCGGACAUUCCGGCUGACCAGCAGGAUGCCAUGGAUGAGAUUCAGCAGGCCCUGAAGGAGCAGCGUGUCAAGGACGCGCAUGCAAAGACGAUGACCUUGCUAGAGCAAGCUGAACCAGCCACAUGGUCUUUCUUCCUGCCGCACGUGUUCCGCGCCGUUUUAGGUGAAGGUGAUGUGGCUUCGAUGCACGAACUCCUGGGCAACGCCUUGCGCCUGUCGCAAGAAUCCGGCAUGCCCAUCCAGCUGUGGGAGUCCUUGCUAGACGAGGCCAGCUUCUCAGUACGCCACUACUUCAUGGCAUCCCCAGCACUACGCCAGCUUGGAGGUGCCUCGCUGGCAGACUCCUUUCCACGUUCGCUUGAGAAGGACUACUUCCGACGGUUCCGACAUUUGUUGGCGCUGGAACGCCAUGGCGGGCUCAUGCACGGUAUUCAGCAGUACGAGCUCGACCCGAACGCGCUGUCGGGCGUCCCCGUCGUGGAAGUACAUCAGCAGGAGGCCAGCCAGGUCGUUCUCACAUCACCGCCUGGUGCCAACUUUGAAACUAUGACGGAGGGCCAUCGCGAGCUGAAGCCAGCAGACCUGGUGUUGCUGGUUCCCAGUGAAGCUGCAGAAGAAGUCUCGUCUGACGAGCCCGCUGAGAUGGGCAACAGCACGGGCUGGCAGCAUCCAGAAGCUUGGCUGGCUUGCGUGACCAGCCUGGUGGGCAACCCGGCACUGGAGGAAGAGGUGAAGCUGCAUGUUCGCCGCAUCUCAGACUUUGCCUCCGACGUCAAAGGCCCAGAGCUCGACGCAAAGCAACCAAGGAUAUCACCCAUCACGAUCGGCAGACAGUACCGCUUGUACUUCCUUGCACUGGAAACCCCAAUGAGCCGACAGCUUUCCGCCCUGCGUAACCUCACGCAAGUCAAGCUGCCUGUGUUCAGUGAGAACUUCGAGGGCUUGAAGCCCACCUACGUGUUUUCAGAUUCCAUGCGGGAGGUCAUCUUGGCGGAGGCCGAAGAUGCUCGGCAGCUCGCAGAGGAAACGUGUCGUGGCGGGCUGAGCCCGGAGCUCGCCCUACAACACCUCGAGAGGCUGGCUGGGCAGCAGCCGCUCGUUCAGUCAUUGACUCCUUCACAGCGCGAGUCUGUGACAAGAUCGCUGCAACAGCGGCUGAGUUUGAUCCAAGGUCCGCCUGGCACCGGGAAGACGCACGUGGCAUGCGCUAUCCUGGCAAUUUGGGCAUCCAUCUUCGGGCCACUGGGAGAGCGCAUCCUCGCAGUGGCGGAUUCGAACGUGGCGGCGGACAAUGUGUACGCGAGAUUGUGCAAGAUGGGAAUCCCGAGCGUCCGAGUUGGACAAGGCAAGGGGAACGACUACGACCUAGCAGCCAUUCGAAGGCAGCUGCAAACAGCCACCGUGGUUGUGGCCACCUGCAUCGGCAGCGGCACGGAGAUCCUGAACACGAAGGUUGCAGGUGGAUCAUUCCAGCGUGUCCUGGUCGAUGAAUGUACUCAGGCAUGCGAGCCCGCGGUGCUCGUCGCUCUUGGGCGAGGCUGUGAGCAGGUGGUCCUGAUCGGCGAUCAUGCCCAACUCCCCGCUACCGUGCUCUCCAAAGCCGCAAGUCAUGAGGGCUUGAGCACGAGCCUCUUCGAGCGAAUGGCAAGUCAGAACUGCGUUGAGCCCACCAUCCUGCUGGAGCAGCGGAGAAUGCACAGCUCCAUUGCGGAGUUUCCCAACCGCACAUUCUAUGGAGGAAGACUGGAAAACGCCGCAGAUGAGGCAGCGUUGACUGCAAUACCGGGCUUUCCUUGGCCAAACCCCGACUGCAGAGUCUGUUUUGUGGAUGUGGCCAAGGGCCCCUCCAUGCUUGAGGGCCGCCGAGGAUUUUCGGCGUUCAAUGUUGCAGAGGCAGAGACCCUGGUCGACGUGCUCCACAGCAUCGUCCGGGCUGGCUACCCUGAAGAGCAAAUCGUGGUGCUGACAGCGUACUUGGCGCAGAAGCAGGAGAUCAUGCGCGCGCUGCGGGACCGCGGGCUUGGCCGCUACUUGCAGAACAUCGCGGUGGACACCAUCGAUGGUUACCAGGGAAUGGAGCAGGGCUUGGUGCUGUUCAGCGCCACCCGGAGCAACGAGUCACGUGCUUUGGGAUUUCUGGCAGACAACCGACGAAUGAAUGUGAUGCUGACGCGGGCCAAGCAAGGCCUCAUCGUUUUCGGCAACGCUGACACACUCCGUUUGAGUGAAGCAGCACAGUCCAAAUGGCCAGAUUGGCUUUCUUGGGUCGAGGGCAAGGCGUCGGCCCUUUCCGCAGAUGAGCUGGCGCAGAGGAUCCAGCAGCAUUCGUCGGACACUGGCAGCGCAGCAUCUACUACACGGAUGAACAUUGAAGAGUUGAAGAAAGAGGACAACGAGCAGCCAGUCGCUGAUGUGAGUCAGCGAAAAGGAGAUGCGUCCCCUACAAUCACGGCAACUCCAGUCCAAGCUCGACCAACGGCUUGGCAGCAAGUUUAUUCCGAAGAGUAUCGCGCGCACUACUACUGGAACACGGAGACGAACGUGACUCAGUGGGAGCAGCCGACGCACUUCAUCCCGGCAUCCUGA